GUGAACUUCCAGUCGGAUUUACCUGCCUGUCAAUUCCACCACAUAACAUCAGCGCGCAAGAAAUAAAUCAACCACAUAGAACUGCCAUCUUCGGUCACCGUCACCCAUUACUGUAUCUCUUUUUUUCUCUCUGCGGGGUAAACGGAUCUCGAAACGCUGCGCUGCCUCGUGUCCCACCACCACCAACCACUACCUCCAACGGGUCCCGAACACACUCCUUCUCAGCCUGACUGCGCUCAGAAGCCUCAAGAUGUUCGCAGCAAAGAGAUUAGGCAAGGAACUCCAAAAGGCCAAAUAUCUCCCUCCGGGCAUUGACCUGGUCAAAGCCGACGACUUUAAAGAAUGGCAGGUUGACAUUCGGGUCCUCGACUCCAACCCCUUGUAUCUCAAUCAGAUAUAUCGCCUCAGUUUCAUCUUCACCAACAAUUACCCGAUAGAACCGCCCGAAGUAACAUUCAUCUACGUCCCGCCGUCGUCUUCUUCCUCUACCGAACCGAUCUCAAAUACCCAGACACAUGCGCAGUCACCGCCACAGUCGCAGCCGCAGUCGCAAACCACCACCACACCCAACACCGGCCGACCCAUACCUAUCCACCCUCACAUCUACAGCAAUGGAAUCAUCUGUCUGGACCUCCUCGGAAGCGCGGGUUGGUCACCCGUGCAGUCCGUCGAGAGCGUUUGCAUGAGCAUACAGAGCAUGUUGACCGGCAACACCAAGAACGAACGACCGCAAGGGGACGAGGCGUUUUGUCAAAGUAUGGGAGUGCGAGGACCCAACGGAUGGACCAGGAGCGAGCGUGGAAGAGGCCUGAGGGGUGUACGGUUCGCCUACGAUGACGAUACAGUAUGAGUCAUGAUCGAUCGAAGCAAGUAAAGGAUGGCGUGGAGUUUGGAUAUCUCAAAGGGUUAAGAAAUCACAUCCUGGCGAACAAAGGGGGGGGGGGAG